UCAAAAGCAAAAAAGAAAGAGUUCACUGCAAAUCAUUUCCUUUGUUGCCAUCAGAUAAAUUUAUUUCCAUUAAAAGGAUGAAUUCUUAGAUUGGGGUUGCAGAGCAAGAAAAUCAUUUCUACAGUAUAGAGGAAAAAUACGGUAUAGAAUACGUAUAUUCCUCUGGUGGGAGAGAGAAGAGUAUUUCAGAAGCUCACUGGUGCUCUGAUUUUGAUGCAGGAGAUGGAUAGAUAGAUAGAGAGAGAGAGAGAGAGAGAGAGAGAGUGAGGAGUACUACACAAGUUUCACACACACACAUACACCUUGUGAAACCUAUAUUUUUUUUACUGCAUUUGGGGGUCUCCUCAGCAUCACUGUGAAGUUUUCAGAGGAGAAACCCAGGUGGGUUUCCAUCUUCUUCAUGAUUCUCUGCUCCUCAUUCCCUUAUCUCAGUGAUUCCACUGAACCUCAUGAUGGAUUCAUACAUUUUUUUUUGUUGGGUAUAGAUUUUUCUGGUUUUUGGCUUUUGGGUCGAUGGUGAUGAGCAAGAAAGAUUAAGUUUGAUCCUUUUUCUUUGAUGUGUGUUGAUCAUCUUGGUAGGAGUUGUUUUCUUUGUUUUGGGAGCAUUUUCUGUUCAUUCAUGGAGUUUCAUCAUCUGGAUAUCUCAUUUUUAGUGCUUUCUUGUCCAUCAAUGAAUAUUUGGAGGUGGGUUUCGUUAUCUUUUGAGUGUUCAUGUUAAUUUUUUCUUCUGAUGAUUUUUUUUUCUUUCUCAUUUAUCUUGGGAUGGUGUGUGGUGAUGUGAUCGAGGGUUUUCUUACAUGGGGUUUGGAAUGUACUUGGCACCUGUUUGGUUGCUGGGAAAACUGGAAAAAAAGGGAGGGCUAUCGGAGUGUUAUUUUUUCUGUUGCUUUGAUUUUUGAAAAAGGGUAACAGUGACACAAACGAAUAAAGGCAAGUGCUUGUGUUUGGAGUUUCCAGAUUCAAAAUUUUGCUUUCCUUCCUUUUUCCUACGUUUUCUCAGCGGCCAAACAAGCGGUGACAAAUGGUCCUUAUUGAUCUUUAUCUGCAUUUGAAGGAUGCUUAGUACUGAAUGUCUCUGCCCUUAUUAGACCCCUUUCAAUCACGGAUGAUAUAAGGGAGGUUUUGAGAUAAUGCUGAGGAAGAGGAGCAGAUCAUUUCAGAAAGAUCAACACAUGGGUCAUCCAACAAUGGCUGAUGCUGUUUCUGAGCUCUAUUUUCAGUCUGAUGUUAUGGGGCAGAAACACAAAGGCAACUCCUUUUUCAGUGUCCCUGGCCUGUUUGUAGGAUUGAAUUAUAAGGGUUUAUCAGAUUCUGAUUCAGUUAGAAGCCCUACCUCUCCUCUAGAUUUUAGAGUAUUUUCAAAUCUAGGCAGCCCAUUUAGGUCCCCAAGAUCAUCCCAAGAUGGGCAGCACAAGAGCUGGGAUUGCAGUAAAGUAGGUUUAAGCAUCAUAGAUUCUCUUGAUGAUGGUGGGAAACUAUCCGGUAAAGUUCUCGGAUCAUCGGAGAGUAAGACUAUUCUUUUUGGACCUCAGAUGAGGAUUAAAACCCCUAAUUCUCCAAGCCAUAUCAAUUUUUUUGAUGGUUCAAAGUCUCUGCCUAAAAACUAUGCAAGUUUUCCUCAUACCCAGAUCAAAUCUCGACCCCAGAAGCGGGAUUCUGAUGUUGUGUUUGAAAUUGAAGAAACCCCAUUAGAACCCGAGGCAUUUGGAAGGAUUCGAUCUUGUUCGUUGGAUUCCAGCAGGUCAUUCUCGUCCCUAACUAAUUUAACCAAGCGCCAGUCCAAUUUGAGUUCUGGGAAUUUAUGCCCAGGAAAUAUGACUACCCAAGUUAGUUCACCUCCUCAAAUACUUGGAGGAAACCCAAAUCCGGACAAUUUUUUGCCUAUGAAACUGAAUUCGAUUCCAGCAUCGGUUGGCUCUGGCCAAGGAUUGAUCGGAUCUCUCUCAGCAAGUGAAAUUGAGCUUUCUGAGGAUUAUACAUGUGUGAUUUCUCAUGGUCCAAACCCCAAAACAACUCAUAUUUAUGGUGACUGCAUUUUGGAAUGUCACUCUAAUGACUUAGCCAAUCAUAAUAAGAAUGAUGAACAUAAGAUAGGUUCUCCCCUGAUAGUCGAAUGCUCGGAUAAUUCUACCCCAUAUCCUUCUAAUGACUUCUUGAGCAUCUGUUACUCUUGCAAGAAGAAAUUGGAAGAGGGAAAAGAUAUCUACAUGUACAGGGGUGAGAAAGCAUUUUGCAGUUUGAAUUGCCGCUCACAGGAGAUUUUGAUUGAUGAGGAAAUGGAGAAGACAACAGAUGAUUCUUCUGAGAAGUCUCCUGUGUCAAAAUGUGGCGAGGAUCUUUUUGAAACCGGCAUGUUGGCAUGCUGAUCACUUCAUAAAAAGGCACAUUGGUUGCUUCAUGCCAUAGCCACCAUGCCCAUGAUUGAUGAAACAAAUGGGUCGGAAAGGUAGCCGGCUGCCUGUGAUCAUCUGUUUACUAAGAGCUGUUUAUGUGCAUCUUUCAGCAGCCAUGGAUGAUCCUUCUAUGUAAAUUGUUUGGUUUGCCUAUUCUGUUUCAGCUUUCAUGGUCUUGGUGGGUAAUGGUCACAAACAGCUAUUUUUGCUUUCUAUAUAAUUCCCAACAUAUGGAUGGAUAUAUAUAUAUAUAUAUAUAAUCUCAGACCCUUAAUUUCCCUUAUGAUUCUGUUAAAAGGGUGGAAGCCGAAGUUUUCAGGCUCCCCAUUUUUCCCCCCCUUGUCUUCUGAUGCCUAUCUUUGCAAGAGUUGAUGUAUAAGCCUCCAAACUCAAUGAGUUUUCUUUUAAUGAAUUAAAAUUUUACUUCUCUA